AUGAUUCACGCAUUCAGAUUGGAGUUUGAAAAGCACACCAAUAACGUGGUUGAAUAUGAAGCUGUAGUGCAUGCUCUGAAGUUAAUAUUGGAAUUAGGAAUAUCAAAUGUCCGACUAACUAGUGAUUCACAGCUAGUGAUCAAACAGAUUGACCUCCAAUACCACACUUUAGACGAGACAAUGGAAGCAUAUAUGAAUAUGGUUCAAAAACUCGCGUCUCAAAUUGAAGACAUUACUUUUAGACACCUAUCUAGAAAAGACAAUAGACAUACAGAUGCCCUUGCAUUCAUAUCAUCCAUGCUGAGAGAUCCAGAAGUAGAGGAAAUAAAAAUUGGGAGGAUAUACGAACCAUCAAUCCAACAAACUCCACUUGUUGCAGUUACAGCUGAAAGUGAAGAUGAGGCCAUCAGAGAAUACAUACAUGAUGAAGCAGAUACGGAGAUGCCAGAUCCCGCACAAGAAAGAAUAACCCCGAAUAAUCCUAUCUAUCAUCCCAUACCAAUUCACUCUUUUCUAGAAGAUGAAACACUUCCUACGGGAUAUUUGGAGGCCAGAAAAGUCGCAAUGAAAGCAACUAACUACCAACUCCGAGAUGGGAUUCUGUACAAAAAAACCUUUUUAGGGCCAUUGUUACGAUGCUUAUCAAGAAGUGAAGGCUACGAAAUAUUGAAAGAUAUACACUAUGGGGAUGCAGCAAAUCAUGCAGCAAGAAGAUCACUAGCAUUAAAAGCCAAAGCACAAGGAUACUACUGGCCGACAAUGAAUGCCGAUGCUGCGGACAUGUCAAAAAGAUGCGAAGAAU